UGGUUGUUUGCGAUGUCUGAUUCGGGCAAACUCACAGUUCUUGUUACCGGUGCAGGUGGUAGAACAGGACAAAUUGCUUACAAGAAACUGAAGGAGAGGUCAGAUCAGUACAUAACUAGAGGUCUGGUAAGAACUCCCGAAAGCAAGGAAAAAAUUGGUAGAGAGGAUGAUGUUUAUGUCGGGGACGUAAGGGACAGUGAGAGCAUUGUUCCAUCCAUUCAAGGUAUUGAUGCACUCAUCAUACUCACGAGUGUUGUGCCGAAGAUGAAGCCGGGUUUUGACCCUGCUAAAGGCGGGAGACCUGAAUUCUAUUUCGAAGAUGGAGCGUUUCCUGAACAGGUCGAUUGGAUUGGACAGAAGAAUCAAGUAGAUGCUGCUAAAGCUGCUGGAGUGAAACAUAUUGUGCUGGUGGGAUCAAUGGGAGGAACAAAUCCAAAUCACCCUUUGAAUAGCUUGGGAAAUGGAAAUAUCUUGAUUUGGAAGAGAAAGGCUGAGAAGUACUUAGCCGACUCAGGGAUCCCAUACACCAUAAUAAGGUACUCCCUUCCCGGCGGCCUGCAAGAUAAAGAAGGUGGUCUAAGAGAGCUACUAGUAGGAAAGGACGACGAACUUCUCAGCACGGAUACAAAGACUAUACCUAGGGCGGACGUUGCUGAAGUCUGUCUUCAGUCACUCAAAUUUGAGGAGGCCAAAUUCAAAGCUUUCGACCUUGCUUCGAAACCUGAAGGUUCCGGCACGCCAAUUACGGAUUUCAAGGCUCUCUUCACUCAAAUCACUGCUCGAUUCUGA